AUGGCCUAUGAGCUGAAAUUAUCAGAGAUUGAUAAGGCACGCAAGAUUGGUGAACGUGCGUUAAAGACGAUUAAUUUUAGAGAAGAGCAAGAAAAGAUGAACGUCUGGGUAGCUCUGAUGAACUUGGAAAAUAGCUUUGGUACAGAAGAGACUCUCCAAGACGUGUUUAAACGAGCAACGAUCUAUUGCGAGCCAGUCAAGGUGUAUAAGGAACUGGCCAAAAUUUAUGAGCGUAAUGAUAAAUUGGAUAAGGCAGAAUCUGUUUGGGAAGAGAUGUGCAAGAAGUUUGGACAGUCGCGCGAUGUCUGGACUAGCUUUGGCUUGUUCCUACUACAACAUAAUAAAGUGGAAAAGGCAAGAGAAACACUUCAGAGGAGCUUGAAGGUGCUCCCAAAGCACGAACAUAUUCAAACUGUUCAAAAGUUUGCACAACUCGAAUUUAAAUAUGGGGAAGCGGAAAGAGGACGUACUCUAUUAGAAGGCAUUGUGAGUAAUCAUCCUAAACGAUUAGAUCUUUGGAACGUCUAUUUAGACAUGGAAAUUAAAGUGGGUGAUGUGGAAAUGGCGAGACGUCUGUUUGAACGUGUUGCUUCCAUGAAGUUUUCAUCUAAAAAGAUGAAGUUUAUAUUCAAGAAAUGGCUACAAUUCGAAAAAAAUAAUGGAACAGAAGACGACGUACAGAGAGUGAAAGAGAGGACACUUGCUUAUGUUGAAAGCAUGUCUUGA